AUGUUGAAAAGAGUUCUUCUGUCAGUAGGUACAGUGUCAGCACGUCGUAUUACUGCUAGGUGCAUUCCAAAGUCCGUCAUACUGCUACCUCAAUCGCGAGUUAUCUCACGGGCUAGACAUUAUUCUGUUUCGACCGAUGGCCAUGACAUCCCGCAAGAAAUUCGCGACUUGACCAUGGAUGUUUACCAUGCGCAAUCCGACGCUUUUUUAGAAUCACUCCAAGACCAAUUGGAGGGCAUUAGCGACUCCUACCCCGAGGUGGUUCCCGACAUCGAGCUAACGCAGGGCGUCAUGACACUAGUCGUUCCGCAGCUUGGCACCUACGUGAUUAACAAGCAACCACCUAACAAACAAAUAUGGCUUUCGUCACCAGUGUCAGGGCCCAACCGUUUCGAUCUCAUCAAAGGGAAUUGGAUCUCUCUCAGAGACGGAAGCAAACUACUAGACCUACUUAACCAGGAAUUGGGUGAGGUUAUGCCCGAUCCUGUUUCGCUCGACGCUUAA